AUGUCGCUGCUUUCAGAUCUCAUCAACCUUAACCUCUCAGACUCUACGGAGAAGGUGAUCGCAGAGUACAUAUGGAUUGGUGGAUCUGGUAUGGACCUCAGAAGCAAAGCAAGGACUUUGCCAGGACCCGUUAGUGACCCUUCAAAGCUUCCCAAGUGGAAUUAUGAUGGUUCCAGCACUGGUCAAGCCCCUGGAGAAGAUAGUGAAGUCAUUUUAUACCCUCAAGCCAUUUUCAAGGAUCCAUUUAGAAGAGGCAACAACAUUUUGGUAAUAUGCGAUGCUUACACUCCCGCCGGAGUACCGAUUCCAACAAACAAGAGGGCUGCUGCUGCAAAGAUAUUCAGCCAUCCUGAUGUUGUUGCUGAAGUACCCUGGUACGGCAUUGAACAGGAGUACACCUUGUUGCAGAAAGAUGUCAAGUGGCCGCUUGGGUGGCCUGUUGGUGGUUAUCCAGGACCUCAGGGGCCAUACUAUUGUGCUGCUGGUGCUGACAAAGCCUUUGGGCGUGACAUUGUUGACUCGCAUUACAAGGCCUGCCUAUACGCAGGCAUCAACAUUAGUGGGAUCAAUGGUGAAGUCAUGCCAGGCCAGUGGGAAUUUCAAGUUGGUCCUUCUGUCGGCAUAUCCGCGGGAGAUGAACUAUGGGCUGCUCGUUACAUUUUGGAGAGGAUCACAGAGAUUGCUGGGGUGGUGCUUUCUUUUGAUCCCAAGCCAAUCCAGGGUGAUUGGAACGGAGCUGGUGCUCACACAAAUUACAGGUAUAAUGCCAAUUCUUUGUUGUCAAGGAUUUGCCUGUCUUGGUCAAACUAUUGUUUUCCUAUAGGAUGA